AUGAGAGAUAAGUGGAGAAAAAAGAGAGUUAGAAGAUUGAAGAGAAAGAGAAGACUCAUGAGAGCCAGAAGACGGCCGCGCAAGAUUCGGCCGCCUUAUAGACGUUAUGGACCUGGAGUAGCUGACUCGACGACUGUUUAUCUGGAUGCAUCCACAAACAGCGACGGCAGCUGGCGCCCUCAGGGCUCUGGCAGCAGUAGCAGUAGCAGCAACAAUUCCUCCAAUACCGAGCAGCCCGCACAACUUGGCAGUGCCAGAGGCGCUCGGGACUCUGGGUUCGAAAAGGUUGACGUCCUGGCGAAAGCCAUGGAGUCCCUGCGUUUACAAGGCGGCCCGAAAUCUGCUGCGCAAUCUAGCGCCACAAACGCAUCAUCAUCAUCUUCUUCUUCUUCUUCUAGCCAAGCUAAAUCCUCACGUUCUGUGUCUUUGAAAAAGACCAAUCCUAAUUCUUGUUCCUCUUCUGCUUCUUCAGUUUUGUCUGAUAGGAAUGAGGAGGAAGAUGCUGGCAGCUCGACAAGUACAACGCCUCCUUCUGGUUAUGACGAAGAGAAGGGGCAGACUGAAAGUUCUAAACUACAGGAACCUCCAAUUGCACCCAUUUUGCGACUUCCUCAUGAACUUUUAGAUCUUAUUUUUGAUAAGUUGCCACACCCGAUACCUGUUUCCUUGCUAUAUGUUUGCCGUCGAUUUUAUCAACAAGCUUUACCUUAUCUUUAUGCGAAUCCUGUUCUUAAUGUGUAUAAUUAUCAAAAGUUUGUUGCUACAAUUAGUGGAUCAAGUGCUGGUCCUAUUGUAUCUUCAGGAGCGCAAAUUAUCAAAGGAAAUCGCGGAUUCAUUAGCAAGAAUUACCAUUCUGACAAUAGUAAGCAUGGCAAAGAUUUGGGCUCCUUUGUCAAGGUUUUGAAUUUGACCAAUAUUAUUCAAAGUGGCAAAAAUUCCUACACUUCUCGAAUUUUGCGGCGCUGCUCGUUGCAUUUGAAAGAGUUUUAUGCGCCGCAAACAAGUUUUGGAUAUUCGCCACUAUUAAGUUUGCGCAGUUGUCACAACCUCAAAGUUCUUGAUUUGUCUCUGGUAUCGGAGACUGUUGAUCUUCGUUUAUUAUUUUCGGCGAUUGGCAAUGCCCAACAUUUGGAAAAGCUUGCUUUCCCUCGCUCAUCAAUCUUUUGUCUCGAGUAUGAUCAUAUUUGGCCACCUAAUUUGUGGCAACUUUGUCUUUCUGGAGGCAUUAGUAAUGAGUUUAUCAUGUCGACGACGUUUCCAAAAACUGUCACUCAUUUGCUAGUUACUCACUGUCCCUUUAUCAAUACUAAUAGCGUUUUACUUCUUCUCACUCGCUUGGGACAGCAACUCAAGACUCUCAAGGUUAUGUAUCCAAUGCCAGUACUGCGGCCUUAUGCAUUGGAUCCUGUUUUCCGAAUUUGUCCUGCUUUGAAGGAUUUUUCUGUUUCUGUUGAUUAUAUUUCACGCCAUAUUUUUGACGAGAUUGAGAUGGUUUAUGAUGAACAGGAGAAGAAGUUUGUUGGUCAUAAUCUUGAAAGGUUGUCUCUUGACUCUUCAGGAAUGCUUGGUCAAGCUCAUAAGAUUGAUCCUAUUGAUGUAAGCUUGGCGAUAUUGGAUGAGAAGUUACCAAAGCUGACGCGUAUUCAUGCUAGUCUUAAGUUGGGCUGGAACCCAGCUACUGAAGAUGUGAUGGAGCUCGCAGAGAUUUUGGAGGAUAGUGAUGGUGGCCUGUGGAUUUCGUAA